AUGAAGGAAUUUGAAGCGCAAGGGGGCCUUUUCAUUGAAGAAGCGGACCCUGACGAGAUCGGCGUGGAGUAUUCCAGCCUGCCCAAGUUGCCUGCGAAGAAGAAGAGGAAGAAGGUGAAAACAAACGGACAGGGAGAAGAGGACUUGUCGAAAGAGAACGAACGUUUACGAAAGGAGUUGGAAGAACUCCGUGGCAAGACCCAAGUGCAAGAGGAGGAGCUGGCAUCCACGGAGCUGUCCGACUGGGCUCAGUUCGAACUACAUCCAAAGCUGAUGGUAGGACUGGCCAGGCAGAAGUUUCGAAGCCCGACACCAGUGCAGGUGCCAGUGACCAGAGAGUUGUGUUUUCUCAGGUUCGAGUCCAACAAGCUCACCUUUGCCACCGCAGAUGUUCUCUUUUGUCAAGCACCAGUGAGUGGUGACGGAGAUGGAGAUUUGGCGCAGAUUUUGAUCGCUAUCAGAGCUGCGGUGCAAAGGAAAGGAAAGAAGCGGCCUUUGGUCAGUGACCCACCGCCGUCUGCAUGGCCUCAGAAAGUUAGGAGGCGCUUGCGCUUCAAACAAGGUCCAAAUUUCAUUUGGAUGACCAAGGGAAUUGGUUGUUUGAAUGCCAACCUCAUGGCCGAAAUCUUAAGUUCGGCUGACCUGUCUACAAAGCUGUCGGCCAUGUGCGUCUCUCGUGGUCUUCGGGAAGUCCUGCAGUGCAGCAGUGCAUGGAAUCCUUUGGUGAUCAAUCAGGCAGAAUGCCGGGGCCUGCUGAAAUCUCUGCGGGCAUGCUAUUUUUCCCGCAAUUCUUCCAGACCAAAGUGGCACGAUCAGGUGUCUGCCAUUGAUGUACACUUAAUGGAUAUGGAACGGUCGGUUCAUGCUCAAAGCGAUACAGAAGAUGAUCAAGAGCGUCCGAUUUCCAUGGCCAUUGUAUCCCCCAUGAGGGAGUUUUCAAGAGGCUGGCGUUCUUUCGCGAAGGUGUCAGAGCUGACUAUUAGGAACAUUGAUUCCUUUUCAAUGGGUUAUGACUUCAUUCAUUUUCGAUGCACCAAAUUGGAGUCCUUUGGUUUUGUGAAGAUCCAGUACAAUGGGAAUAGAAGCUACAGUUUGGAAGCUGCACAGCGAGAGCCCCCGAUGGUGGACUGCUCAAUAGUGGCCUCAAUGAACUCUGCCAGAAUACCUGCAACGACUCGACUUCAAAGCACGACAAUUUCAGAACGUGAAGCUCUUUUCUUGCUGGAACAUCCAACAGCUUACAAGAACGGCAACAAUAUUUGUUUUAUUCAUGAAGUGAGCAUAUACAACUCCCAUUUGAUUCGCAAGCAAUACAAACCCCUGCUGGACUCUUUGAAAGAGCGCUUUCCAAGCAGUUUCAGGUAG